AUGGAACUAAUGAUUACAACAAGAAAAAUAGUUCCAACGUUACAGGUAGAACAUGGAUUGGCUGAUUCUGACAUCCAAGUCCUUGCAUUAAAUACAUUAAAUGCUUUAAAGCAUUCUGUCAAGGCUGGUCCCAGACAUAUAAUUCCUGGGCAUGAGGAGAUUGAAGCUCUGUUGACUAGGAGAAAGCUUACAACAAUAGUGUUCUUCCUAGAUGAAACAUUUGAAGAAAUUACAUAUGACAUGUCAACCACAGUUGUCGAUGUUGUUCAGCAACUUGCAGGGCUCAUUAAGUUGUCAUCAUAUUCCAACUUUAGUCUAUUUGAAUGUUGUAAAGUUGUUACUGGCUCCAAAGCACCUGAUCUUGGGAAUGAGGAGUACAUUGGGUUAGAUGAAAACAAAUAUAUUGGGGAUCUCCUGGUGGAAUUCAAAGCUGCAAAGGAUCCAAGUAAAGGAGAAAUGUUGCACUAUAAACUCAUAUUCAAGAAAAAGUUAUUUCGUGAGACAGAUGAAGCUGUGAUAGAGCCUAUGUUUGUGCAAUUAUCUUAUGUACAAAUGCAACAUGAUUAUAUUUUGGGAAAUUACCCUAUUGGAAGGGAUGAUGCUGCUCAACUCUCUGCAUUACAAAUUUUGGCUGAGAUUGGAUUUCUUAACACACCAGAAUCAUGCUCGUUAGGAGAAGAAAUUUGUGUAGCUCUUCAGACACAUAUAAAUGAUGUAAUGUUGCGCCGUUAUUCGAAAGCACGAUCAGUUGCUGCUAGUGGUGGUUCUCUGAACGGAGACAUUUCUAGUAAUUCUAAACCUCCUAAUAUGGAAUUAUACGAGAAGCAUGUUCAAGAAUUAUCAAAACUUAUUGAAGAAUUUCAAAAAAAUGUUGAUCAAUUGCUUGAAGAAUUAUGUGUGAAGAAAAAACAAGAAGAGAAAAUGCAAGAAGAAUUGGAUGAUUUGAAAGAAUCCUUAAAAGCAGAUAAGCAAAAUCUGGAUGCAGUUACAAGUGACUGUAAUAAACUUUUAUCAUUAUGCAAUGAAAAAGAUAAGGAACUACAGGCUGCUAUUCUAAACAAAAGGAAUAUGGAAUCUAGGAUGUCCAAGUUAAAUAUUGCAGUGAUAGAGAACACUGCCAAAAAGGAUUUUAUUUUCGAUGAAACUGUUAUUUAUGCAUAG